AUAACAGUGGGGGGAGCCCGGGUCCUCGGGAGCCGCCUCCGCCCCCCAGCCCCGCUGCGCGACUCGCACCCCCUGCCGGGUCCCCACUUCCGCGCCCGCCCCGCGGGCUGAGCGGCCCGACCGGGGCCCGCCCCUGGCGCCCACCAUGUACGCCUUUGUGCGGUUCCUGGAGGACAACGUCUGCUACGCGCUGCCCGUGUCGUGCGUGCGCGACUUCAGCCCCCGCUCACGGCUGGAUUUUGACAACCAGAAGGUGUACGCUGUGUACCGGGGCCCGGAGGAGCUGGGCAUCGGGCCCGAGAGCCCCCCGCGCGCCCCCCGGGACUGGGGCGCGCUGUUGCUCCACAAGGCCCAGAUCCUGGCGCUGGCAGAAGACAAAACUGACCUUGAAAAUAGUGUGAUGCAGAAGAAAAUAAAAAUCCCCAAACUUUCUCUCAAUCACAUAGAAGAAGAUGGGGAGGUUAAAGAUUAUGGGGAAGAAGAUUUACAGCUUAGACACAUCAAGAGACCCGAGGGGCGGAAGUCGAGUGAAGGGACGCAUAAGAGCAUCGAGGCAGUGGUGGCCCGGCUGGAGAAGCAGAACGGCCUGAGCCUGGGCCACAGCACGUGUCCAGAAGAAGUGUUCGUGGAGGCCUCGCCGGGCAUAGAGGACAUGGACAGUCUGGAGGAUGCAGUCGUGCCCCGGGCUCUGUACGAGGAGCUGCUGCGCAACUACCAACAGCAGCAGGAAGAGAUGCGCCAUCUCCAGCAGGAACUGGAGCGGACUCGCAGGCAGCUGGUACAGCAGGCCAAGAAGCUUAAGGAGUACGGAGCACUCGUGUCUGAGAUGAAAGAGCUCCGUGACCUUAACCGGAGGCUCCAGGAUGUGCUGCUCCUGAGGCUUGGCAGCGGUCCUGCCAUUGACUUGGAAAAAGUAAAGUCAGAAUGUCUCGAACCUGAGCCGGAGUUACGGAGCACUUUCAGUGAGGAAGCAAAUACGUCGUCUUAUUACCCUGCUCCUGCGCCUGUCAUGGACAAGUAUAUCCUAGACAAUGGCAAGGUCCAUCUGGGAAGUGGGAUUUGGGUUGAUGAGGAAAAAUGGCACCAGCUACAAGUAACCCAAGGAGAUUCCAAGUACACAAAGAACCUGGCAGUCAUGAUUUGGGGAACAGAUGUUCUGAAGAACAGAAGUGUCACAGGAGUUGCCACAAAAAAAAAGAAGGAUGCAGUCCCUAAGCCACCCCUUUCACCUCACAAACUAAGCAUUGUCAGAGAGUGUUUGUAUGACAGAAUAGCACAAGAAACUGUGGAUGAAACUGAAAUUGCACAAAGACUCUCCAAAGUCAACAAGUACAUCUGUGAAAAAAUCAUGGAUAUCAAUAAAUCCUGUAAAAAUGAAGAACGAAGGGAAGCAAAAUACAAUUUGCAAUAAACUUUGAAUUUUUCUUAAAGCCUUUGA